GCAACCUUCCUCCAGGAAAACACCACAGCUCUUGAUCCACUCUGCUUGUUUUCCACACAUGUGAAACUCUGGAGCAAUAAGAGCUCUGUUGUCCGGGUGAGGAAGCAGCAGCGCUGGUAGUCUGGACGGAUUUCCGGUGGCGGCGGGACGAGACGGGUUUUUAACUUUAGCACGAUGGGUGUUGUCUUGGAGGCGUGGAUCCCCCUGGUGUCCCUGCUGCAGCUGGUCCACGGUUCCGUCAUCGACAGACACGCUGGAGGUGGAGCCGUCCUGAUGGAUGAGCAGUCAGCGUUCUCCUUCUUGUCCCGUUCUCUGCUGUAUAACAGCUGGGACUUUGAGCUGGUGGUUCCAGGCAAUCUGGAACGGGAGUGCAUAGAAGAGAUUUGCUCGUACGAGGAGGCCAGGGAGGUCUUUGAGGACAACAUGAAGACGGAUGCAUUCUGGACGUCGUAUGUCAACAGUCACGAGUCUGUCCCCAGAGUGGACGUGUCCGGGCUGGUGGCGGGGAUCCUGGCGGUCCUGGUGUCUGCUGUGAUCGCCACUGUGCUGGGAAUCUACUGCUACAAGUCCAAAAAGAAGAAUGAAAGGACAGCUGUUGACCCCGUGAGACUGGCAGCAGAUGGGCGCCCAGCCCCGGAAACAGUGCCUCUGACCAUCAUUGCACCAGGUCUGCCCAGCUACAAUGAGGCCCUGACCCGCAGCGGGCAGCAUGAUGCACCACCACCACCUUAUUCAGGAGGGGUGCCGUCAGAGCCUGCGGAUCCCGGAGACGAGCAGUGAGACGUCCUUGUCCUCAGCACAUGGGGGGACAGGUCAAAAGUUGCUGAUUGUGUUUGUGUGGGACAGGGUCCGAGUGCAGUUCUGGUUCUAUCUGAGAUGGGACGCCGUUUAGUUUUUGCUGUGCAGAUUGAAUCCUUCGAAGCGGCUGCAGGUCCCGUCCACACGUACACAGACAGCAGCUCUCUGCAAAACUCCUUCCAGGCUUCUGCUUUCCAGGAACUCAGUUUGUGUCUGCGUGGAGACGAAGAAAACUGAGGCUUUGUCUUUUUUUAUCCAGGCUUGUGAUUGGCCAACACGGCUCUACGCUUUGGGUUACAUCGCCCCCUGUUGCUUUCAGAUGCUUUGACUGCAUUUUACAAUGCAGACAGACAUUUUUGUAACAGGUGCUUGUGUGGACGGGAUUUUUGGGAAAACAAAGAAAACAACCAAAAAGGCAGAAAAUCCUCAUCUUUAAAAAAUACCUGCAUAUGUGUGGACUCGUCCUCAGUGUGAGCAAAAACCUGAUGGGUCGUGAUAUAAAUAUACACCAUCGUAGUACAAACUGUCCGAUGUGAGACGACAAAUUUGUAUGUCACAUUUUUUUUCUACAAUACAAAUGUUUGAGAUCCAUCCUG